AGCUUCAUCCACGUUAAAAUCUCAGCCACUUCUUAUAUUUAUUUACAACUUUCAAACCAAACCACCCUUUGUUUUCUUCUCCUUAUUCUUCUUCUUCUUCUUCUUUACCUCACUAACAAUGGCUUCUUCAACAAACAAAAACAACGAAGUAGCCUUCGAUUUAUUUCCCUUCUUAAGAGUCUACAGUGACGGUCGCGUCCAACGACUCAUGAUCACCUCCGAUUUUGUUCCUGCCGACGCCGACGAUCCCAAAUCUCCUUUCCGAUCAAAAGACGUCACCAUCUCGACAGAUCCUGCUGUGUCGGCUCGUGUUUUCAUCCCCUCCUCCGCUGAUCCAAAUCAAAAGCUGCCCCUCCUCUUGUACGUCCACGGUGGAGCCUUCUGCAUCGAAUCGGCUUUCAAUUUGCAGUACCACCAGCACGUGGGCUCUCUUGCUGCCGAGGCCAACGCCGUUGCGGUCUCCGUUGAGUACCGCCUUGCGCCGGAGCAUCCGAUCCCCGCCUGCUACGACGACUGUUGGGAUGCUUUACGGUGGGUUGCGGCACAUGUGAACAGAGAUGGUUUAGAGCCAUGGCUAAACACAUAUGUGGAUUUCAACCGUAUCUGUUUAGCUGGUGACAGUGCCGGUGCAAACAUCUGCCAUUACUUGGCUGCUCGAGCAAGUUCGUCGUCAGAGGAACUGGGUGGAGCAAAGGUGGUGGCAAUGGCUUUGAUUCACCCAUUUUUCGGUGAUGGGAGAGAGGAUAGGUUGUGGAAGUAUCUAUGUUCGGAGACAAGGUUAGUGAGACCAACCAAAGAGGAAUUGGCAAAGAUGGGUUGUAAGAGAGUGAAGAUCUUUUUGGCAGAAAAUGAUUUCUUGAAGUUUGGUGGAAGGAAUUACGAUGAGGAUUUGAAGAGGAGCGGGUGGAAUGGGGUGGUGGAGACGGUGGAGCACGGCGGAGAAAAUCAUGUGUUUCAUUUGAAGAAUCCAGAGAGUGAAAAUGCUGUUGAUUUGUUGGAAAAAUUAGCCUUUUUCAUUAACUUAGAUUAAUGUGGUUGGGAGAGAUUUUGACAUGAUUAAAAUCACUUUUAUGGUGAAAAUCAUUUUGCUUUGAAAUAAUCAUGUUGACAAAAUAAAUAAAUAAAACUACCUAUUAAAAAUAAA